AGUGUUUCUAUUUCGUCCCUUUCAUAAAAAGUAUACUUUAAAACUUUACGCUUAUCAAAAUAAUUUCCUCAACGAAAAUUCCAUUCGUAACUCGACUCGAACGAAACAACGAACGCUUCGCAUUCGAACGCAAGCGACGACCACAGUAAAUAUCACAACAACGAACAACUCUUCAUCAUCAUGAAGUGUGAACGACUCACCGUCCUCGUGGGCCUGUUGUCGCUGGCUUUCGCUCAACAGUCCUACACUUUACAAAACGGAAACGGAGUAAACGGCAACGGAAACAGACCUAAUGGAAAUGGAGUCAACGGGAAGGGAAACAGACCUAAUGGGAAUGGAGUCAACGGGAACGGAAACAGCCUUAUUGGAAACGGAGUCAAUGGGAACGGUUUGGGUGGAAAUGGUCGAAGAAUUAACGGAAAUGGUAGAAACGGUAACGUCUACUCAUACGGAAAUAAACAAAACGGGAACGCUGCUACACUCAAUGGCAAUGGAUACUCAAAUGGAAUUAAUGGUGCAUCACUCGUUGCUGCUUCAAAUGGUCUCGGGGUCAAUGGACAAGGUGAUGUAUAUAAUGGUAAUGGUGCUAGAGGGAACGGCUACAGUUACUCCGCUGGUGGUAAUGGUAAUGGCAUCGCUAACGGAGGCACGAAUGCAGCUAAUGGGAACGGCGUUGCUAAUGGCAUUAGCGGAAACGGCCAGAGUGUAAUUGGCUUUGAUGAUAACAGCUACCCAAGUAAUGGCAACGGUCUCAAUGGCAACGGGCUCAAUGGCAACGGUCUCAGUGGCAACGGGCUCAAUGGUAACGGUCUUAAUGGCAACGGGCUCAAUAGCAACGGUCUCAAUGANAACGGCCUCAACGGUAACGGCCUCAACGGUAACGGCCUCAACGGCAACGGCCUCAACGGUAACGGCCUCAGCGGUAACGGCCUCAACGGCAACGGCCUCAAUGGCAACGGCCUCAACGGCAACGGGCUCCAAGGUAACGGGUUGUCAGAAUUGGCUGCGCUGGCAGCCGCCAUCGCAGGUGGCGGGGAGCCCGACGUGGACUACCCCAUCCUGGCCGCCGCCCCCCAGACCGCCUUCAGCUGCGCCGGCCUCCUGCCGGGGUACUACGCCGACACCGACACCCGUUGCCAGGUUUUCCACAUCUGCCAGGCGGACGGCAGACAAGAUGCCUUUCUCUGUCCCAACGGCACCAUCUUCAACCAACAGGUGUUCGUGUGCGACUGGUGGUACAACGUCAACUGCGCUGACGCUCCAACUUAUUUCAACCUCAACGCCAACUUCGGGCAGCGCUUGCCUAACGGCAACGCAGCUUAUGAAAAUGAGUUGAACGGCAACGGCAAUGGGUUGAACGGCAACGGCAAUGGGUUGAACGGCAACGGUAUCGGGUUGAACGGCAACGGGUUGAACGGCAAUGGCAAUGGGUUGAACAUCAACGGCAAUGGGUUGAACGGCAACGGCAACGGGUUGAACGGUAACGGCCAUGGGUUGAAUGGCAACGGUAUCGGGUUGAACGGCAACGGCAAUGGGUUGAACGGCAAUGGCAAUGGGUUGAACAUCAACGGCAAUGGGUUGAACGGAAACGGCAAUGGGUUGAACGGCAACGGCAAUGGGUUGAACGGUAACGGCAAUGGGUUGAACGGCAAUGGCAUUGGGUUGAACGGAAACGGCAAUGGGUUGUACAUCAACGGUAAUGGUUUGAACGGCAACGGCAAUGGGUUGAACGGCAACGGUAUUGGGUUGAACGGCAACGGCAAUGGGUUGAACGGCAACGGCAAUGGGUUGAACGGCAACGGUAUUGGGUUGAAUGGUAACGGCAAUGGGGAACGUCAGGUUAACGGCAAUGGUAACGGUCGGGUGAACGGGAACGGUUACACUAAGGUUAACGGCAAUGGUAACGGUCGUGUGAAUGGGAACGGCAACGGACAGGUAAACGGUAAUGGCAACGGUCAGGUGAACGGGAACGGCAACGGACAGGUUAACGGCAAUGGCAACGGUCGGGUAAACGGGAACGGUUACAGCCAGGUUAACGGCAAUGGCAACGGUCGGGUGAAUGCGAAUGGCAACGGCCAGGUUAACGGCAACGGCUACAAUGGAGCUGACGGCGACAGGCCGUAUGCGGCGCUCUCUUCUUCCUACGGACCGCCGACCAUCGGCGGAGGGCGAUAGCUGGACUGCAGCGGCAUCGUAUUGACUUUGUCGGCUUGUGGCUCCGCAACAUAUUUAUUAUUCUCGAAUGUUUAUGGCUUUUUUAUUGUGUUUUUGAAAUCUUAAUCAACUUUCCAGAUUUAGACCAAAAUGAUUAGCAAUUUGUUAGUUUGCGCACGCAGUCAUUCUGUCGAACCGACCUGUGGCCAUCGCCGAAAAUUUACUACGAGUUCAUUUGUCUCGAGACUCGCUGGACUGCUGGUGCUAGAGUACUUGCCUAUAGUAUAGAUGAUGUUGUAAUGAUAUGA